AGGACAUCGGAAGCCCUCGGGUCUGAUGACGUCAUCUUCGUGGAAUGCCGCCGCCCUUCGUGAGUCAUCGUCAUUGCGCAAUCGCCGGCUCUCGUCCUUUUCCGGAUCUUCCAUCUUGACUGCCACACGUACGUCCAACAGGAUCCGUCUAACAUCCAGCCAAAAUGAUCGUCUAUAGGGACAUCGUCACCGGCGAUGAAAUGUUCUCCGAUUCCUACAAGAUCAAGUUGAUUGAUGACUUCUUCUACGAGAUCGAGGGAAAGAUGACCACUGAGAAGGGAGGCAUUGACGAGUCCGCCAUCGGAGGCAACGCCAGCGCUGAGGACGCAGGGGAGGGACUGGAAGAAUCCGCGAAGCAAGGCUGCAACAUCGUCCUUGCUAACAGGCUUCAAGAAACCCAAUAUGCCAAGCCUGAUUACAAAAUAUACAUCAAGGCAUACAGCAAAAGAAUCCUGGAUCAUCUAACAAAGAACAACCCGGAAAGGGUGGACGGUUUCAAGGCGGCUUCAGGGCCUGCAUUGAAGAAAAUUAUGGGCAACUACAAGAACUGGCAAUUCUUCACGGGUGAGAAGAUGGACCCCGACGGUAUGGUGGCCCUGCUGGACUUCAGGGAGGAUGGAGUCACCCCAUACAUGCUCUUCUUCAAGGACGGCCUGCUGGAGGAGAAAUUUUAAUGUAACAAGACGGCACGGAAAUCUACCCUAACACCAGUGCACCUUGCCAACUUCCAACUCUCUGCAACUUCCAACUCUGGUCGCUAAUCGGAACAUCGUCUUGCGGACUCAUGCCUAGAUAGUUCUCAAGAUAUGCACGUUUUUAAAUUAAAAAAAAAGAAAAGAAAAAAGAAACAGAAAGAAAAUAAAAGCUGUCUGAUACAACAGAGGCUGUAUGGACAAUAUUGAGGCAAACACCACCCUGGACUCUUACAAAUAAAUCGCAUAUUGACAAUGUAGCCAAGUUUGUAACAAUGGUAGCAUUGUCAUUUUGCUACACGAAUAAAAAGCUGUGACUUCUUA